AAUUUGCCACAAGCAUGUGUUUUACUUUUCGGCUUUGGGAUGUCACGUGUCAGAGCCAAAUAUGAAAGUUCAAAGUUAGAGUCAGUUUGUUUGAUUGCGAUUGCAUCUGUGACCAAGCAAAUGAUGUCCCGAGAAAGAGACAAAUUCCUCAAUAGCGCUUCCAGACUUAAUGAAUCGUUUUAUGGUAUCACCGUUUAUAUUAUUAACUAUGAUUUUUCAAUCAAAUUUACACUACCCAGUACCUGCCCUUUAAGCAAAAACAUGAGAAGCCUUGUGUCACUUUUUGUGACUUCUCUUUUCGCUUCAUUCUUAUCAAGCUUCUCAGCUCUAGACAUUCUUACUACACAUAAACUCAUCAAAGAUGGUGACAAGUUAGUUUCCGCAAGAGGGACCUUUGAACUGGGAUUCUUCAGCCCUGGUAACUCCAGAAACCGAUAUUUGGGAAUAUGGUACGUGGCUUCACCUAGAACUCCUAUAUGGGUAGCAAAUAGAGAAGCUCCUAUUAGAGAUGGUUCAGGAAUUCUCAGGAUCACUGAGGGGGGUAUCCUUAACCUUAUUAAUAUCACAGGUAAUAUUGUUUGGUCUUCAAAUGCAUAUGCAACUGCAGAAGAUGCAUUUGCACAGCUUCUGGAAUCAGGGAAUCUUGUGGUGAGAGCCUCUAAUGGUAGAACCACAGAAUCCUAUUUGUGGCAGAGUUUUGAUUAUCCUUCUGACACAUAUAUGCCUGGAAUGAAGAUUGGGAAGAACCUAGUUACUGGUUUGGAGACAUUCUUAACAUCUUGGAAGAGUAAAGAUGACCCUGCCCCUGGUAAGUACUCAAUUCAUCUUGACACUCAUGGUUGGCCACAGGUGGUUAUCAGAAAAGGAACCACUAUAGUGUCACGAUUUGGAUCGUGGAAUGGUCUUGAGUUGACAGGAAAUCCAGCAAGGUCAGAAGCAUCAUUGGUCUUUCAAUUCACAUAUAGUGAAAGUGAAGUUUAUGUGGGUUACCAACUCAGGAAGAGUUCUGAGUUGUCUAUGUUGUCAAGAGAUGUACUGCAUCCAUCAGGCAACAUGCAGCGAUUCGUAUGGAUCAAUCGGAUCCAGAAUUGGGCACUCUCCUCAACGUCUCUGUCAAAUCAGUGCCAACAUUAUGCAUGGUGUGGUGCUAAUGCCGUCUGCAAUAGCAAUAACUUCCCUGUUUGUGGAUGCUUGACCGGGUUCAGUCCUAAGUCUCCAAAAGAUUGGAAUAAUGGGAACUGGUUUACUGGAUGUGAACGCAGGACGAACUUGAAUUGCCAUGAUGAUGGCUUCUUGAGGUACACAGGAGUUAAAUUGCCUAAUACGUCCUCAUCAUUUUUCAGUGAAACCUUGAAUCUUAAAGAAUGUGCUCAAUUGUGCUUAAGUAAAUGUUCCUGUACUGCAUAUGCAAACUUAUAUGUUGAUGGAAGUGGUUGCUUGCUUUGGUUUGUCGAACUGGUGGAUAUAAUCCAAUAUAGCCAGCGCGGUCAAGACCUUUAUGUAAGGCUAGCUGCUUCAGACAUUGAUAGUGUAAAGAAAAUGGAGCGAUCCAACAAAGACAAAAGACUAGUGGGUAUCAUAAUUGUAUGUGGUGUUUUGGUCAUGAUUAUCUUCCUCUUUCUGGGACACUUAACCUAUAAACAAAGUGACAGCAGAAGAAAGAGAGUGGCAGAGAAAAUUCACAACCAGGAUUACAGAUGUGGACAAAGAAAGGAAGAGGUGGACUGGCCAACAUUUGAUUUUCAAACUAUAGCUAAUGCAACAGCCAACUUUUCUAGUGAUAACAAGGUGGGAGAAGGUGGAUUUGGCCCUGUUUACAAGGGCACAUUAAUUGAUGGACAAGAGAUAGCUGUGAAGAGGCUCUCCAUAAAUUCUGGCCAAGGACUAAAUGAAUUGAGAAAUGAAGUCAAUACAAUUGCUAAGCUUCAGCACCGUAAUCUUGUUAAGCUUUUUGGUUGUUGUCUUGAGGAGGAAGAGAAAAUGUUAGUAUAUGAAUAUGUGCCUAACAAAAGCUUGGACUCCUUUAUAUUUGACCAAACAAGGAGAAAAUUACUAGAUUGGCCAACACGCAUGCAUAUUAUUGUUGGCAUUGCUCGUGGGCUUCUUUAUCUUCAUCAAGACUCUAGAAUGAGGAUUAUUCACAGGGACCUCAAAGCUAGCAAUAUUCUUCUAGAUGCCAAUAUGAAUCCAAAAAUCUCUGACUUUGGGCUUGCGAAGGCCAUUGGGGGAGAUCAAACUGAGGCGAAAACUCAUCGGAUAGUUGGGACAUAUGGUUAUAUGCCUCCUGAGUAUGCAGUUCAUGGGAAAUUUUCUGUGAAGUCAGAUGUCUUUAGCUUUGGAGUUUUGGCACUGGAGAUACUAAGCGGCAAGAAGAAUAGAGAUUUCAGCGACCCGAAUCAUAGCCUUAAUCUUCUUGGACAUAGCUGGAGAUUGUGGGUUGAGCAGAGACACUUACAACUGAUUGAUGAUUCAUUAAGCAACGCUUCUGAUGCAACUGAAAUACUUAGAUGCAUACAUAUUGCUCUAUUAUGUGUGCAACAAAGUCCGGAAGACAGGCCAGACAUGCUUUCUGUGGUUGUAAUGUUAACUAGUGAUAGCAAUCUCCCUAAGCCAAAACAGCCUGCAUUUUAUGUGGAAAGGAAUUGUCACAAUAAAGGCUUUCUAGCAAGUAAUCAGAACACAUGUUCUGAAAAUGAAGUUACAAUCUCAGUGGUAGAGGCAAGGUAGCAUGUUGAAAAUUGGAGGUAGCUGUUUGAUUAGAUAGGUGUCAGAUCAAAAUGAAAAUCUCUAUGAACAACAACUAAAAGUUGUCUAUAUACCGAACUAAGUUUUAGUUAGUAACUUGUAAAAGUAGUUUGUAACACAUGAAAAUGUUUGCAACGUUUAUAAAGCAGAAAGAUAUGGAUCCUCUAAAUUUUGAAUUUUAUUUUAGAGGAUAAAA